CUUGAAAGCCUUUUUAAUGUAUUUCCCACUAAGUUGUAACCCUGUGUAUUUAUGGAUCUUAACAUGCAAACUGCUGUUUCCUAAGCUGGGCCUUCCUGAAAAGGGUCUUGUUUUCUACAGAAAUAAAAGGUUGUGUUUGUUGAGGGCAUUCUUCAUGCAGCUGUGUGCUCCUGUUAGAGCUGAAACCAAGUCAAGGGCAACAGGAGACCUGCAGCUGGGGCUCGGUGCCUGUCGGUGCUUGGGUGUGGAAAAAGUGGGAGAAAGCAUCAUCCAUUGGUCACUAAUGGGAAGGUCUUUAUUUUUCUGCCUGACUCCUUGUAGAAGCUGCUGGAAGACACCAACUAAGCAGCAAACUCCCCUCAGUGUGGAUGGAACCUCUUUCUUUGCUCAGGAGAAGGAAACAUCUCCAGAUGAUCUCAGUGAAGGAAGAAGAGCUCCAAGACUCCUGGCUUCCCGCGGCUCGCUGAGCCCUGUGCAUUCCUGCUCUCGGUGGUGGCUGCAGGCACAGUGACAGCAGGAUGUGUGAAGGGCCAUCCAGGAUUUCGGGGCCCAUCCCCCCAGACCCUACACUCUUUCCAGACUAUUACAAACGCCCCUUCUCAGCUCGAGGGAGGCUGGAAGGGAACACUCAGAAUCUGGCCCCAGUUGGCAGCCCCUUCCCUGCACUGGGCAGUGCCCGCCUGGCCCUGGCAGCCCCUCGCAUUCGCCCCAGCGGGAGGAGCUUCCUGGAGAAGGGACAGAGGGGGACACUCAGUCUCUUGCUGCAGCUCGAAGGGAUCUCCCUUGAUGGGGAGCUGCCAGGCAAGAGGAAAGAAUCCAAGGACCAUGAGAAGGAGAACAUGAGGCGAAUAAAGGAGAUUCAGAAGAGGUGCAGAGAGAAGGAGCGAGCCCAGGAGCACAGCCAGCCCAAGCCAGUGAAAGCUCUGUGGAAAUCCCACAAGUAUGAAAAUGUGGAGUCAAAGGUGAAGGCCAAACUGCAGGAGACCUCCCCACCCCCAAAUGCAGAGGCUGUGAAGUUCCUGAGGGCGUAUUCUCGCUGUGGCCCUGGGAUCAGGCCGUGCAGACCGCUGUCCCCAAGGCCUGAGGGAACCAGAGCAGGAGGAGACGCCGGGGCUGCAGAGGCACUGGCUGCCAACACCAAGAUGCAGGUGGAGGGCAAGAGCAUCGACUUCAUAAAGCACAACGCCCGGCACGCCAAGCGCGCCCCGCUGCGCUGCUCCCAGUCCCUGCAGGCCCUGGCUGAGCUGCUGCAGCAGAAGCACCGUGAGCAGGAGGAGUACAACAGCAAGCAGAAGGGCCACGUCCCCCAGUACCUGCUGGAGAGGAAGGAGCUGUGGCGCAGGGAGACAGAGGAGCGGCUGCGGAACCUCCCGGACCCCGACACUCCCCCUGGCCACAGCAUGAUGCCAGAGGGACAGCGCCUGGAGACCCUCAGCAACCUGAAACAGAGCCAGGAGCAGCUGGUAAAGGACCUGGUGAUGCUGCCCAUGCGUACAGACACCCUCAGCAUGCAGAAGAGGCGAGUGGAGCUCGAGAGGAAGCUCUCCCAGAUAGAUGAGGCCAUCAAAAUCUUCUCAAGGCCCAAGGUCUUCAUCAAGCUGGACUCCUGAGCCCUCCUGAGGGCUGUGUGUGUGUCGUGCUGCUCGGUGUGAACCCCCCUCGUGGCUGGGAGGGAAGGAGAGCGAGGCAAGUGCAGGACCCUGAGCCCGCCCAGGUGCCCGUACAGCACCCAGGUUGCAGCCAGCACCACUUGCUCACCCUCUGUGGUGCCCAUGGAAAGGAGAGGGGGAUGCCCCAAUACACUCUGAGCUCUGGAGAAGAGUUGUGUGUGUGCAGCUGGUGCCUCAGAGGGCAGCUCUGCUCUGCAUCCAGGCCCUCCCUGCUCAUUCCCCCAUAAUCUCCCUGCUUCUAGAACCUGGCAGGAG